CGUAAUUUAAAAUUCAGCUGCAGCUGUGCCUGCCUGGGUGAUCUGAAGUCUGUAUGUAAAAGCAGGGUUGAAAUGAGUAAUGGUAGAAAGAUAAUAGGGGUAGAAGCCUGUUCCGAGAAUUUGGAUGCAGGGGUUAUCAUCAGAGUCCAGAUCUCCGAACAAUUCUUGGCAGUUAUUAACUUGAAAGGUUUCAAAAACAUACACAACGCACGCACAUUAAAAAAUCUUUACAACACGGAAGGAUAUUGGAGGUCGAGGAACGAGGGGAAAGGAUGGUGUAAUCUAUUUGGAAGUCAAGAGGUUUUUAGUAAAAAAAAAUUAGAUGCGGGCGUUACCGCCCCCACCACCACCACCUUAGCCACUGAGUGA